CAUGGGCCUGCCUCAUCCAGGGGUGGGAAGGAAGCGCAACUCCUCAGCUCCUGGUCUCCGCUGGCGCUUCACCUACGGAGUGAUUGAAGAAAGAGACGGAGGAUUUCAUUUAUGGCACAUGUUGGAUAUUAUGAGGACAUCUCGAGAAGAGAUCAGAAGGUGUUUUUCGCAGCCAUGAAGUGAAGAAGUAUUGGUAAAGACCGCUAAAGCUGAGCACAAAGACGUUCAGUGAGCCGCUAGCUUUCGUUAGCUAACCAGAACGAGCUUAUUAACAACAGUCGCAGUGGAUAAAGAUAUCGCGUUGUAGUCGAUUGAGGGCUUUUAUCUAGUUUUACAAGUUUAUCUUUACCUGUAUGUUUUAAUUGGGAGCACAAUGAUGGCGUGUUUCACCUUUAUCCAUUGACUGAAUGAUCUCUGCAUAGCUGGGCAUGUUCUGCUAGUCAAUGCCGAGCUUCAACGUGAAACCAGGAUGUGGUAGCAGCAAAACACGCAUUGUUUAUUUAAUGUGUUUGGACAUUUAUAGUGUAAGCGAUAAAGUGUCUUUGGAGGAGUUUCUUCGUGUGGGUUGUGAUUCCCGUGCGGAUGGAGUAGAUCUACUACUACCCUGCAUCUGAACUGAAACCGGGAUAGAACUAACCAACUCUUCUAAGGGAUUAUUUUGUGCCUAACAGCUAAGUGGAUUUCGGCCUCCUGUUAAUGUUCAUCGUGGGAGCACCGUAAUUGUUUUGACUUGGGUGACCCGUUUCUACAUUGUUCUUUCUCCCAGCGGACAUCCCUCUGCUUCACCUCCGAUGCGGAGAGUUCAGUAGCACCGGCAACCACGACCCCCAGGCGGCCGGACAUGCUCAAGUGUAUCCCCCUGUGGCGGUGCAAUCGCCACGUAGAGUCGGUGGACAAGCGGCACUGCAACCUGCAGACGGUCCCCGAUGAGAUAUACCGCUACAGCCGCAGCCUGGAGGAGCUGCUCCUUGAUGCCAACCAACUCAAAGAACUACCCAAGCCUUUCUUUAGACUACUGAACCUCCGGAAGCUUGGGCUGAGUGACAAUGAGAUCCAGAGACUUCCUCCAGAGGUGGCCAACUUUAUGCAGCUGGUGGAACUGGACAUUUCCCGAAAUGACAUUCCUGAGAUCCCUGAGAGCAUUAAGUUCUGCAGAGCCCUGGAGAUCGCAGACUUCAGUGGAAACCCCCUCUCCAGAUUACCAGAGGGUUUCACUCAACUCCGUACACUGGCUCAUUUAGCGCUGAAUGAUGUCUCUUUGCAGACAUUGCCCCACGAUAUUGGAAACCUGGCCAAUCUGGUAACGUUGGAACUCAGGGAGAACCUGCUCAAGUCACUUCCCACGUCACUUUCCUUCCUGGUGAAACUGGAACAGCUGGAUCUUGGCAGUAAUCAGCUGGAAGUAUUGCCCGACACGCUUGGUGCUUUGCCUAAUCUGAGAGAGCUGUGGCUAGACCGAAACCAGCUGUCUGCAUUACCACCAGAACUUGGUAACCUGAGGAGACUUGUGUGUUUGGACAUGUCGGAGAACCAUGUGGAGGAGCUGCCCUCAGAGCUCAGCGGCCUUAUUGCUCUCACUGACCUGCUGCUCACACAGAACCUGCUGGAGGUGGUGCCGGACAGCAUAGGCUCUAUGAAGCAACUGUCAAUUUUAAAAGUGGACCAGAACAGACUGACCCAUCUAACUGACUGUAUAGGGGAGUGUGAAAACCUAACAGAGCUUGUCCUGACAGAAAACCUCUUACAAUCACUUCCUCGCUCACUGGGCAAACUAAAGAAGCUGACCAACCUGAAUGUAGACCGCAACAGACUAAGUGGUAUUCCCAAAGAACUAGGGGGCUGUGCCAGCCUUAAUGUCCUCUCACUCAGAGAUAACCGCCUGGCCAAACUGCCUGCUGAGCUUGCAGAUGCCACUGAGCUGCAUGUCCUGGAUGUGGCUGGGAACAGAUUACAAAACUUGCCUUUUGCUCUAACAAACCUCAACCUCAAGGCCAUGUGGCUGGCAGAGAAUCAGUCACAGCCGAUGCUCAAGUUCCAGACGGAGGACGAUGAGAAAACCGGAGAAAAGGUGCUGACGUGCUACUUGUUGCCACAGCAGCCCUCUCCAAGCCUAGAGAACCUACUGCAGAAUAGUGUGGAUGACAGCUGGACAGACAGUAACCUCAACAGAGUGUCAGUCAUCCAGUUCCAGGAGGAGACCAAGGCAGAGGCGGAGGACGAUGAUGAUGCGGAGCGAAGAGGUCUUCAGCGCAGAGCCACACCGCAUCCCAGCGAGCUGAAGGUUAUGAAGAAAGUCAUUGAAGAAAGGAGACAUGAAGCUUACACAUCAAAACCUGAUGGAGAAGAUGACGACACAGACUCACAUGAAAAGCGUCUGAGCGACAUAUCCAACCAGAGCCAUGAGUCGCAAGUGUCCAACAGCAAUGUGUCAGCCGCCUCACACGAAGACAGGUCUGAUGUCCCCACAGCACCGCACAGAGACAUGGUGGACGGACACACACGCCACCACCACGAGGAGGAACUGGACGAGAUGGAAGUGGAGUAUGUCGAGCCAACAGUGCACUUUGCAGAAGAACCCAUCAUACGUGGUGGUGAGGAGGACGAGGAUGAGGAAGGGGAAGUGGGCAGUGACGAGGAAGAAGAGCGGCCCCCUUUUCCCGCUGAAAAACAGCGUCUUAUCAGAAAAGACACGCCACACUACAAAAAGCAUUUCAAAAUCAACAAGCUGCCCAAACCAGAAACUGUGGCUGCUCUGCUUCAGGGCUUUAGUCCCGAUGGGGUCAACUCUGCUAAUCAGACAGUGGACAAUGACCAGGAGGAGGAAGAAGAAGAGGAGGAAGAGGAGGAAGAGCAGUGUUUCAGCACCCCCCAAAAUAAUCAAAUAAUAGACGAGGAAGACGGUAGAAACCAGGUCAACUCCAGUCAAGUGAAGGGGGUGUCAUUUGAUCAAGUCAAUAAUCUGCUGAUUGAACCUGCUCGAAUUGAGGAGGAAGAGCACACCUUGACUAUCUUGCGGCAAACUGGAGGCUUAGGAAUCAGCAUUGCUGGGGGAAAAGGGUCUACCCCUUAUAAAGGAGAUGACGAGGGAAUCUUUAUUUCUCGAGUAUCAGAAGAAGGCCCUGCUGCUAGAGCUGGUGUUAAAGUGGGAGACAAACUACUAGAGGUCAAUGGGGUGGACCUCCAUGAAGCAGAACACCACACAGCGGUGGAGGCUUUGCGCAGUUCAGGGACUUCAGUUUCUAUGACAGUGAUCAGGGAGAGGAUGGUGGAGCCAGAGAAUGCCAUCACCACCACACCACUUAGGCCUGAGGACGAUUACUUCCCCAGGGAGAGGAGGAGUAGUGGGCUGGGCUUCAAUGUGGACAGUGCCCCCAGUGGACCGCGGCAGCGCCUGACCACCUGUCUCAUCCGCAAUGACAAGGGCUUGGGCUUCAGCAUCGCAGGGGGCAAAGGCUCCACACCAUACAGACAAGGAGACACAGGCAUCUACAUCUCUCGGAUCGCAGAAGGCGGAGCAGCGCACAGAGACAGCACUUUGAAAGUUGGCGACAGGGUCCUCUCUAUCAAUGGUGUAGACAUGACAGAGGCCAGACAUGACCAGGCAGUAGCGCUCCUUACCGGCACCUCACCCACCAUCGCUCUGGUGAUAGAGCGAGACCUCAGCCCCCCCUCUCCAGGACAGAACCGGGCCCGAGCCCACUCCCCACCUCCCCCAGAGCCCUCGGACUCUCCAGACCAGGACGAGCAGGGCACACACCUUGGCCGCCUCGAGGAUGAGUACCCCAUAGAGGAGGUAACUUUGGUUAAGUCAGGUGGUCCCCUCGGUCUAAGCAUUGUUGGAGGUAGUGACCACGCCAGCCAUCCAUUUGGCAUCAAUGAACCUGGAGUAUUCAUCUCAAAGGUGAUUCCUCAUGGCCUGGCUUGUCAAAGUGGCCUUCGUGUUGGGGACAGAAUUUUAGAAGUCAACACGAUCGACUUGCGUCAUGCCACACAUCAGGAGGCAGUGCGCGCCCUGCUGGCCAACAAACAGCAGAUCCGAAUGUUGGUGCGGCGGGAUCCCUCUCCACCAGGAAUGCAGGAGGUGGUCAUUCAUAAACAGCCUGGAGAAAAGUUGGGCAUCAGUAUUCGAGGAGGAGCCAAAGGCCAUGCUGGCAAUCCCUUUGACCCCACAGACGAGGGGAUCUUCAUCUCCAAGGUGAGCUCCACUGGUGCGGCUGCUCGGGAUGGCCGGCUGGAUGUGGGUAUGAGGAUUCUGGAGGUGAACAACCACAGCCUGCUGGGCAUGACCCACACUGAGGCUGUACGCGUGCUCCGCUCAGUGGGAGACUCCCUGGUGAUGCUGGUGUGCGAUGGCUUUGACCCAGGGAAGGUGGCUGCAGUAGAGGCUUCUCCUGGGAUCAUUGCAAACCCAUUUGCAGGAGGUAUUGUCAGAAAGAACAGUUUGGAGAGCAUCUCUUCCAUAGACAGAGACCUCAGCCCUGAGGAGAUGGACAUCAUACAGAAGGAGGUUGAGAUGGUGAGGGAGACAUCUCAAUGGGAACGUGAGGAGAUGGAAAAAGUGGAGCGUAUGCGUUUGGAGCGUGAGGAGGCAACUCGCCUGCUAGAAGAAGAGACGGAGAAUAUUGGACCUGGGCCGCUUAAACUUGACUACAAAACCCUGGCUGCUCUGCCCACAACCAGUCUUCAGAAGGUCAACAGAGCACCAUCCGGUGAUUACACUAGGACUGAUAGUCCAGUCAGAGAAGCCCCUUAUUCACCCACUCUCCAGCCUCCCAGCCACCAGCCUUCCUCCAACUCCCUGUACUCAGGCAGGGAGACCCGCUUCGCAAACAUCCAUUACACUUCCACCCCCACUGCCAAGGACAACUUUUUAUCAUCUACACGACCAGGUGCCAUCCAGCCAGUGGGGCGUGUGCGGCCAAACAACUCCCCUGGCACUCCGGAUGGCCACAGCCCCAACCCUUUCCAGCAUGGCCCCUCCCCAUUCAACACCCCGACCUCUCCUCGCGCCCCCUCCCCCACAUCGGCCAACGAGUUCCCCCUGAAUGUCAAACAGGCAUACAAGGCUUUUGCCGCCGUGCCACGCUCCCAGGCGGUUCUGGAGCCCCCACAGGACCUAUAUGGUGUCAGGAACAAUUUCCAUCCUCAGCAGCCUUCUCCAGAGCCUGAGUUCAAUGAAGUGUUUGAGGCUGUGGAUGGUCAGAAGGGCCCUGAGGUGCCCCCCAAGCCGCUCCGCUCCCCCGAGCGGAGGGAGUACAUGAAUCUAGCCGCAGUGCCCCGUCUGUCUAGGCCCUCCAUGGAAAUGAAGACUCCUUCUCCUGGGGGCAAGGACAGCCCAGAGCAGCGAUCCUUCAGAGACAGACAGAAAUAUUUUGAAAUUGAUGUUAAGACCCAGACACCAGAGAAACCCAAGCCGCGGGUCUCACUCGUGGGAGCGGACGACCUGAAGAAGAUGAGGGAGGAAGAAGAGCGUAAAUUUGAGCAGCGAGCCCGGGAGUAUCUCAUGGACGACGAUGAUGAAGAUGAGGAGGAGGACCUGGCUAAGCAGGUGGCUCAGAUGAAGGUCUCUGGGAAGGUGCUGUUGGAUGGAGUGGAGUACAAAGUGGAGCCUGCUUCUUCUCCAUCUCCACACUGUGCCACAACACCGAGCUACUAUGGCAGCUCAGGGCCACCCUCAAUUGACGGAAAAGGAGACUCUCAAAGAAAUUCUUUGGAGGACAGUUUCAGAAUGGAGCAGAGGCCAAACUCUAUGACUGGUCUGAUCCCAGUAUACUCAGGGGACACUGCCGCACCAAUCCGCACAGCCAAAGCUGAGCGCAGGCACCAGGACCGGCUCCGCAUGCAGAGUCCCGAGCUGGCUGUGGCUCAGGACAAAGACCUGUCCCCUGCUGAAAAGCGAGCUCUUGAGGCAGAGAAGAGGGCUAUGUGGAGAGCAGCACGGCCGUAUGAACUAGAGGAGGAUGUUAGGCAGUAUGAGCAGGACUUGGCUAAGCGACUGUACCAGGCGCGUGUGAGGGCCUCUCAGGGCUCUGCUGCUCUCCAGCCCCCCACCUCCUGCUCCUCUGCGGCCCCUCAGCUCAGAAUGAAGUCUUUGGAGCAGGAUGCAUUGAAAGCUCAAAUGGUCAUUGCCAAGUCUCGUGAUGGAAAGAAACGUGGCACAUUGGAUCAGCUGACUGAGUCACCAUCACCUGCCCCUACACCCUCUCCCACGCCCAUCGAAGACAUAAGCCCACGAGGUGUAACCUCACCAGGCAGACUGUCCCUGUCUUCCAAGAAGUUUGACUACCGACAGUUCGCUGCAAUUCCUUCUUCCAAACCCGUUUACGACAUUCAGACUCCUGAAGCGGCUGAUGAUAUACAAUUCAAUGAUGGUUCUCAUAAUACCGCGCCUGUUGCCAGCCCAGAAGCAGACCUCACAGUGCCGCUUCCCACCACCUCGGCCCUGGAGGAAAUGGCCCUCUAUAGCAACAAGCGUAAACUGAGACAGGGCCGCCGCAGCCUGGAGACCGCCGUACCCACAUAACAGCACAUCUGCACCAAACCCACUGGGAGACAAAACCCUGUGGAACACCGAUGUACCACGAGGCGUAUACCCCUUCAACACUAGACCUGUGUCAGUAGAGCUAUCAUUCAGUGCACAAAUUCACUGACACUAUCCUGCGUGCCAGCCAUGCCUUUCACAGUCUACGGACAUUGGACAAGAGGAGGCAAGCGUGGUUAGCCUAGCGUGGUUAGCCUAGUGUUUAGUGUGCUUUAGAAGUAUCCGACAUGGCCGAUUGUUUUUUAGUUUUGUUAUUAUUAUUUACAUAUUUGCACCUCAAAAAAGAUAUACUGGAAACAAAAAGAUAUGGGUCCCUCUAGCUGUACUAACAUGCUGAAAUAUAUUUUUAGACUUUAAAUAGAUUGUAAAUGUUAUCACUUUGAGUUGAAACGGAGUGUACAUAUUGAUUGGGAACAGCCUGCUACCUUCGCGGCCACAACUAGAUUGAUUUUUUUUAUUUUUUUUUUAAUGAAUGGGACAUAUCAUGUUUGCACUGCCACUGUUCAGCUUUUUAAAAUGCAUAUCUCUGAGUAAUUUAUUGUUUUUAAAAAUAAAUACAUUUACUUACAAAACAUUUAUCAAUAUCAAAUUUAACUUCUUAAAUAUCUGUAAGAACACUAUUAUCAUAUGUGAUAAUAUUCAUAUUCUGACUGUGUUACAUUCCCUGUUGUAGCGAACACAGCAGCAGAAAAGCUAAAUCUAUAUAAUCAAUGGUACUUGUUUUUCAUGCACAUCUUCAUUUUUGUCUUUUUGCAUCCCGAGUUUUGGAGUGACGUGAAGGUAGCAGCUCCUAUAUUUUUCUGUCUUGAGUAAUUUAAAUGAUGCCACUGAAAUCAUUUAUUAUUGUGUGAAUAAUGUACAAAUAUUGAAAUUAUAGUGAACUUUGGGUGUGCAACUGAGCCAGUCUUGACCACGACUAUAGUCUGGACUGCUGACUUGGGGCUCGGAGCUCUCUGCAUGUUUGACAGUUGCGAAUGGGAGAGCUAAGAGAGGCCUGGCCAAGUAAAAAAUCUCUAUCAAGACACAUUUUUCCAUCAGAAUCAAAGCUUGUGUUAAUAAUUUAAUGUUGAAUCUUAGUUUUUCAUGUUGCUCUAAUUGACUGAAAUUCAGUUCGUCAGAUAACUUUUGUGAUGGCUUUUUAAAACUUACAGUAGCUAUUUUUUCAGCCGGGUUUCACUUCAGUAAUAAUGCAGUGUUUUUAAGUCUGUUUGUCUUCAGUAAUCUUUGGGGGCUGUAACCUGCAAAUGGGUCGAUGGUAAAGGGUUUGAGCUCACACAAGACUGUAACUAGUGAAUUUGUACAACCAAAGAAGUCUAUUUUGUGGUUCAGGAAUAAUAAAUUUUACUUUUCAUUUAAGAUAAA